UUCGUACGUUUCCGCGUGCGUCUGGACGCAACGCGCCGGAAGGCGUGUGUGCACUGCGUCUCCGCCGUCAAUGCAAACGAAGUAAGAGGCACCGAGAGUCAAAGCUAAAAUCCGCAUUCAAGACAAGAUGGCAGGGUUGCCCCGCAGGAUCAUUAAGGAAACACAGCGUUUGUUGGCAGAGCCGGUGCCAGGUAUUAAGGCAGAGCCAGAUGAGGGGAACGCUCGCUACUUCCAUGUGGUCAUCGCCGGACCUCAAGACUCUCCCUUUGAGGGAGGAACUUUUAAACUUGAACUCUUUCUUCCUGAAGAAUAUCCCAUGGCAGCUCCGAAAGUACGCUUCAUGACCAAAAUAUAUCACCCAUUCAUCUUGACCUAA